AUGGAUAAUCCCAACGACCACUCGAUCCAAGCCACAAUUGUUGAGAAGCCUGGGCUUGAGUUUCAACCUGUGGAAAGUGCAACUGCGGAACCCGGAGCCCCUUCAGAGUUAAUUUGGGGACAUGCGCCAGAAAAGAAGGCUAAGAGAAAAAGGAUACCGAAGCGGGACAUGCUAUGGAACGACUUUCAAAAUUCCUGGCGUAUCGACAUGUCCAAAUACGUUGAAGAUAGGACGCGCAGCAUUGGGAAUGGGCUAAUAGAUUAUGCAAACAUAUUUAUCCAUUAUUGCCGGGUUUACGUUCUGGCAGACCGCUACGCCGUCACGCGAUUGAUGGAUCUUUCUUUCAACAAACUUCACCACGCUCUCGUAGGGUACGAUUUAUCCGAACCAAAGCUAAACGGUAUCGUGGAACUGUUGCGAUGGUGCUAUGCAGACGCGGUGCCGGAAAAGCUUAGGCAGCUGGUGGCGCACUAUGCUUCCUGCAAUGCUGAGAUGCUGUGGGAGAGUGAAGAGUUUCAGGAGCUUUUUGAGGAUUACGGUAAUCUGGGGAGGGCUGUUAUAGGAUCUCUGUUGCUAAAACUGGAUUGA